CACACAUUCCGUGAGAAGGCAAGUACUACCGAGAUGGAGUCGCUGAGCAGCGUGGGCACGAUCGUGAGGAUCGCGCAGGAAAUCGCGGCGGCGGUGGCGACCGUGAGCCGGAACAGGAGCCGGUGCAAGAAGCUCGCCAAGCGCGUGCAGGGAAUCGGCGACCUCCUACAAGAGCUGAACGGCGCGGAGGCGGGAGCGACGACCGACGCCGCGACGAGGAAGCUGCUGGGCAGGCUGGAGGAGGCGCUCUGCCGCGCGCUGCAGCUCGUGCGGUCGUGCCAGGACUGCAGCUGCCCGCGCAGCCUCAUCGCCGGCGGGCGGAUGGCCGACCGGUUCGACGAGGUGGACGGCGAGAUCGACCGCUGUCUCCUCGACCUCGGCGUCGCCAACCGCAUCCUCAUCGCCCGCCUCGAGAGGUUGCUGCUCCACCAGAACGUCGUCCACUACUGCGACCCCGCCCGCACGGAGACGGUGACGCUCAGGAUCGGCAUGCCAUGCGACGACAGAGCCGACCACAUCAAGCGCCGCAUCAGCAUGAUGCAAGGAGUGAUGGACGUGGCAGCUGCUGCCUCCAACAAGGACCAGUUCAGAGUGACCAUCAGGUCCGACGCCGUUGACAUCCCUUCACUGCUGGACCAGGUCAAAGAGAAGCUCAACCGGAACGUGGAGCUCGUCUCGCCGGCUGCCACCACGAAUGCCAGCAACAAGAGCGUCGCCGUCGAGUAUCACAUGGAGAAGCAGAAUUACAGGAGGUAUGCUAGUGGAGACGAGAUCAAGAAGGAAAAGCCGGGUCCAAUAGCUGCGGCGGCCAACAUGGUGGGGAUGAACCAAGCGCCGGCGCCGUACGCCUACUUGCCGUUCGCGGUGGCGCUGGUGCCCAUCGGCGACGCGAGCAGCAUGCACCACGCGCCGUCACCGUACAUCUUGCCGUACCCGCAAGGCCCACCUGCCAUCCACCCAGUCCACGCCCAGCGGCAGUCCAAUCCUCACCGUGUCCACUUCAACAGCAUCAAGAAAUACGACAGUGGCGGCUACGCCAAGGACGACAUGAAGGAAAGAGUUACUGCGGACAGCGGCGCUGACAGUCAGAGGGACCCAGCGCCCAUCGUCUCUUGUGAGGAGAAGGAUGGCGCGGCCACCGGUAAUGUCACGGCGAUCGGUGUUCCCGUCCACACGGUGACUGCGGGCGUGCACGAGCUGGCACCACCACCGUCAUAUGGGUACGGCUACUGGCCAUAUACUCAUGACCGCAGCCAUGGUGAUUACUGCCACGACAGAGUCGGAGGCCCAUCGGAUGCUGCUGCCUACAACUACAAUCACUACUCGUGGUACCAGGAUAUGUUCAGCGACGAGAACCCCAACGCCUGCUCUGUGAUAUGAGGUCACAUGUCGCAUCAGGAGUCAGGACCGCCGAAGUUCAGGAACUACCAUAAUACUACUAUCUAUUUUGUUACACGUUCAGAAAUUGUAAAAUUUUGUUGGUUGCUGCGCUUUGGUAUUUAACAGUUGGGUUGCCGAGACCAGGGAUGACCCUUCCUUCCCUGUAACAGUAAUACAAGGUCAUGUGUAUUUUGCCAUAUUGAUGAGUGACAUAUAGAUAAUAGC